GUUAUGUAGUAUUAGUCUAUAUAUGGCAAUAGGAAUCGAAUACUCUAAAACAGAUGUUAGUACUUGAGAACUCAGGAUGGAUGGCAUAAUCCAAGACAAUAUCCACUCAUCAUUCACCAACGACCUCCUCUAUCCUAAGAAAUGCCUCUUCCAUAGUACUUCAUGAUAUCUUUCCUGUCAAAUAUCCUGUCAGGAUUUUUCUACUAUCUUAUUACAACUAUCUUCACGAAAAAAUUAAUCAUUCAGUUGUCCCUAUCAAACAAUCAUCAUUUAAGAAUAUUGCCAGGAAAAACAUUCAUGAAAUUGAAAGAAAAUUCAUUGUGGAUCAGAGUUGAGAUUGAUAAAUUUUGGAUAGCGAGAACAUGCCCCAGUCAAGUAUGGAUAAUGGGAGAGAAAUUCAACGUACACUUUAGUCGAAGCUUGUUCAUGGUAGCAUCCUGGCUAAAAGAACCAAAUGUGAAUAGACAACAUAAGAGAAAAUAGAGUAUAUAGCAGGAUGGGCCAAGCGUUUUAUACUCGUUCCCGCACGUAUCAAAAACCUAGAGGAAAUCCGAC